AUGAACAAGAUCCGUGAGAUCUACUCCAUGGGCCACAGUCGCAUUCCUGUAUAUCGGGACAAUAUUCAGGACAUUACGGGAUGUAUGAUGAUCAAAGAUCUCUCUCUACUAGACCCCGAUGACGCAACACCUCUCUCACAGGUGGAACUCAAGCCCCUACAGCAAGUGUCAGAGAAGUACGCGCUGUUCAGUAUGAUGAAUGACUUCCUGACGGGCGAAUGUAUGUUAUGAAUGCACACUGCUUGCUGUGUGCAGAUAGUAUUGAGAUUACGAUUUGAAAUAUAGC